GUAGUAUGCUACGAGAUGAACAUUAGAAGAAAAAGAAACACUUUGCUUGAAGAUUUUCAGAAUUUGAAAGAAGAAAAGAAAAUGGCUGAACAAGAAGGUCAAGUGAUUGCCUGCCACACCAUUGAGGCCUGGACUGAGCAGCUCAAUAAGGCACAGGACACCGGCAAAUUGGUUGUUGUUGAUUUUACGGCUACUUGGUGCGGGCCUUGCAAAUUCAUUGCACCAAUUUUUGCAGAGAUGGCCAAGAAGUUGCCCCAUAUAACAUUCUUGAAAGUGGAUGUUGAUGAAUUGAAGACUGUUGCUCAAGACUGGGAUGUGGAUGCAAUGCCAACAUUUGCCUUCUUGAGAGGAGGUAAAAUUGUGGACAGAGUUGUGGGUGCCCAGAAAGCUGAGCUGGAGAAGACCAUCUUACUGCAUGAUACCCCCAGUGUUAUUAUUUCUGGUGCUAAUACCCCCGGUGCUAUUUCCAGUGCUCAAGUAGAGUCUAAAUGACUGAUGUUUUACUGCCGGUGUUUAUGUAUGUUAUGAACUUCGUUUGUUUCCCCUUGUGCCAGGGGAUCUCGUUCAUCCUCUCUCUUUGGUUAGUCCAGGAGAGAUGCUUGCCUUUAAUUUAUAGUACUUAAUUAA